UACUUUUGGGUUUAUAUAGAGAGGCGUGCAGGGGGGUCCUGGAGGAGUGGACAGCACAAGCUACUUUAACGUCUCUCUGUCCGGACACACAGAGCUCACUCUCAGCUUUACAUGCAGGAAGCAAACUGUGCUCAUCUGAUUACAUAAUGACCCAGUAACAGUGAGCCAGAACCGGUACUGCCAGUGCCAGUGUGCUGGGGGACACUGACUGACCGCUGGCUAAUCCUCACCCAGGCCUCUCUUCUGAUUUCAUGAGUUUUUCUAUUUAUUUAUGUUUAAAUGUAGGAUGACAACGACGUAGAGGAACUGCAAAAGAAAAGAAACAAUGCGAUGUCAAAGUGAGAGGUGAUGUAAAACAUGCUUGAGCUGUCAACAAGUGCGCGUCGUUCAAAACCGUGAACUUUCUCGGCCUUUUUCAAUCUUUUUUCCUCCAAGACAGAUUGAAUUGUAUGCUGUCUGUCUCUUUCACAUGUCUGCUGGACAGUGAAAUUAAUUACAUCUUUAUUUUUUUAAAGCUGUGGUCCUAGUGAACUUCUGUUACAAGUCAACAGAAAGCGCCGGCCAUGACUACAGCUACUCCUCCCUCCUCUGAAGGCUCCUCCCCUCAGAAAGUAUGCCACUCCCAGACGCAGACUGACAUCACCAAGCCCCUGCUGGGCUCCCCAGCGGGGACCGGAGGUGCUGGUGCAGGUGGAGGUGGAGGAGGAACAGGGGCUGAGGAAGGAGGGCCCAGUGCUUUGCGAAGGAGGCGCCGUGUCCUCUCCAAAGACGGACGAAGCAAUGUACGGAUCGAGCAUGUAAGCGGACGUGGGGCACUUUACCUCCGCGACCUCUGGACGACUUUCCUGGACAUGCAAUGGCGCUACAAGUUCUUCCUCUUUUCUGCCACCUUUGCUGGGACCUGGUUCGUGUUUGGAGUGCUUUGGUACCUGGUGGCAAUGGUGCAUGGAGAUUUACUAGAGUUUGACCCCCCCUCCAACCAUACCCCAUGUGUAAUGGAGGUGAAGACCCUGACUGGAGCCUUUCUCUUCUCGCUCGAGUCUCAGACCACAAUUGGCUACGGUUUCCGAUGCAUCACCGAAGAGUGUCCUGGCGCCAUUGUCCUGCUUAUCUUUCAGCUGGUCAUCACCAUGGUGAUGGAGAUCUUCAUCACCGGCACUUUCCUAGCGAAGGUUGCUCGUCCCAAGAAGAGAGGCGAGACGGUGAAGUUUAGUCAACACGCUGUUGUGUCAAAUCAUGAGGGUCGACCCUGCCUCAUGAUCCGAGUGGCCAACAUGCGCAAAAGCCUUCUGUUAGGAUGCCAGGUGACAGGGAAGUUGCUUCAGACGUCCCUGACAAAGGAGGGCGAGACGGUGCGGCUGGACCAGCGCAAUGUGCCUUUCCAGGUGGACACGUCCACCGACAGCCCCUUCCUCAUCAUCCCCCUGACCUUCUACCACAUCAUUGACGACAACAGCCCCCUCAGGGCCUGGGCAGCAAAAGGUGGUGGCUGGACAGACCCGGAGCUGGCUGACUUUGAGCUGCUGGUGAUCAUGAGCGCUACGGUUGAGCCGACCUCCGCCACCUGUCAGGUUCGAACAUCCUACCUUCCAGAUGAGAUCCUCUGGGGCUACGAGUUCCCCCCCGUUGUCUCCCUAUCUCCCUCAGGGAAAUAUGUGGCUGAUUUCGCCUUCUUUGACAAAGUUGCCAAAACCAAAACCCCACCGCUCUUCAAGAAGGCCCUGCCACCGAGCCCGCCAUCACAGGCGUCCCGUUACCACGGCGGCAAGGAGGCUGGGUCGGACCCAGAGAAGAUGCGACUGGAGGAGAACUACAGGGGGGAAGAGAAGGGGCGAGAAAGGGGGCGCAUCAGGGAUAGCAGCCCACUAAGUGUGCGUAUUAGUAAUGUGUGAGGGGAAAAGAGAGAUGGGAAGUGGUUACGGAAAAUUUAUGUGAAACUGAGAUAAGACAAAAACAGGAAGAGAAAAAACAAGCUGCUCACAUCCUCGAAUAAAAACAUCUCCCCCACUCCUACACAAAACACAUGAGAGGGAAAUAAACACCUGGAACCACAAGUCUGUAGACAAUGUACUGAAGAUAUCUGUCUGCAACCAACAUCAAAGAGAGCAAGUUACAAAGCCAACAUUUACAAAUGUACAAAGUCAAGUCAUCCAUAGAGACAUUUUCUACACUUUUAUUCAUUUAUCCUUUUUUUGGAAAGGACUUGAUUUACUGGAUGCUCAAACACUGCGGAAUCCGUCAUUUCUGUCUAUAAUUUAGCUUUAUGUGGAUAUAAAAUAACUUAAUGUGAUUCCAGUAGAACCGAGGAAGAGACGCAAAGUGAACUUGAUUUCAGAAGAAGUUGGUUUUCAUUUUCUCUGAAGAGCAGAAGUCAACAGCAGACUUGAUAAGAUGAUUUUGAGUGUAGUCGAACGUCUGAUAUGGUUGUUAAUCACUGAAUCGCAGUACUGUCCCCUCCCCCCCCCCCCCCCUUUUUUUUGUAAAUGAACAAAAUACCUGCAAAAGGUAGCGAUAAAUACUGGAACCAUCUUAUUUUUUUAACGAAGGAUUUUAAAGGAAUGUAUCAUAUUUUAUGUACCCAAUAGUUUCUAACAAUAUUGUUACUUGUUGCACCUGAAAAUAUUGUGCUUUUUGAUAUGAAUGUCGUUUCUUGUUUAUUGGGGUAAAUAUGUUUAGUAAUAUUACUAAAAGCACUUUAACUUGAAAGAAAAGUGGUAAGGGGAAUAACUGAACUAACUCUGAUACUUAAUGCACUGUAAUAAAUGAUUAAAUCUUGUGGUUAUGAUUGGGGUUGUGAGUGUGGGUUUUUAUGCUUGAAAAUGGAUUUUGUGAGUGUGUGUAUGUUUAAAUGUCAUGUACAGUAUGAGUUCAUGUACCUCUGUACAGUGUAUAAAAUAUUUUCCUACAUUCUUCAUAUCUUUAUGUCCUAAAAUUUGACACACAACUCCACAUUUUUAAUAUACCAUAUUGUCAAUUCACAAUGUUAUUUCUGUAAAGUAGGCUACAGUGCGCCCAUCUUUUUACUGCUGUCAUUUUUUCUAGACAUUGUUUAUGAAAGUGGAUUCUGCCAAUGUGUCUAAUCAACAGUUUUUUUUGUAUUAGAUAAGUGCAUAUAUUUGGAUAAAAGGUUAAUUUUUACAUUCUACAUUGUUUGAAUGGCCAACGAAGCAUGUUAUUAAAAAAAAAUCUGUAAUAUAUUCUAUACAUGAUGAUCUGUUUUAAAUGUGUGCUCUUGAUAGAGAUUAAGUGCCACUCCAGACAAGCCCAAUGAAAAACGUUCAAAAUAACUGAAAAUAUUUCAGUAUCCGUGUCUGGUGAGACUGGGUGUGCUUGUUUAUACUGUAAACUGUAUAUGGAUCACUCAUAUUGGUCUAACUUUUUAAGUAAGCACUUUUUAAGUGGCUGUUUUAAUAAAUGUAUUAUUUACAACAUG